UUUCUUUUCUCUCUCUAGUAUAUUUCGCAUGCUCAUAAUGCUUGCUCACUUUACGACAGCUGCUGGCCUAGGCGCUUCAAAAAUAUAUAUAUCGCGCUCUCUUUCAAUCAUAUUUUUUUUUGGAACACGAGUUACGAGCUACACCCAUUGCGGUAACAUAAAGUCCACCGAUCUUUGUGUGUACAUGCACCAGAGUGUUCUUUGAUAUAAAUGAAUUGCAACGAUUGUCUACAAUAUCUCCAUCCUGAAGGUAAUCGAGUCAUUGAAAAUCGUUAUGGUACAACAAAAUUACAUUAUAUUAUUAUAGUCAUUUCCUACAGUAUCGGUGUCGGCAUCAGAGCAUCCUUAGAAUCCACCUCCAAAGUCUCCACCGCCUCCAAAGUCUCCGCCGCCUCCAAAGUCCCCACCUCCAAAGUCUCCGCCGCCUCCAAAGGCGCUAACGUCGUUGAAUCCACCUCCGUCGUUCAUGGCCGGGACAACAUCCCCACCGCCAUAUUGCGCCGGGAUAAUAUCUCCACCACCGUAACCCCCACCGUAACCCCCACCGUAACCCCCACCGUAACCCCCGCCAUAACCCCCACCGUAACCCCCGUCAUAAAAUCCGCCGUGAUGAAAUCCGUCCGCGAGCAUACUUCCUGCAAGCAAUCCAGCUGCACCCCCUGUUGUUUUUGCGAAAGGAGAAAAUGAUAAAUGGUCAGCGUCAUUUCUCGGCUCAGCUCGGUACAGUUCAUUUCAGCUCAGCUCAAUAUAUCCAAAAGAAACGAAAAAAAAAAAAAAAAAAAA